AUGUCAGCACCCACGACCUCACUAGAGGCCAAGCUGGUCGUGCUCGGUUCUCAAAACGUGGGCAAGACUUCGCUCGUCCACCGUUUCGUUCAUCAGACCUUUCUUCCUCCCAGCACUCCCUCGACCGUUGGCGCCUCCUUCCUUACCACGCGCGUUCACGAUCCAGAAACAGACACAGACAUACGCCUGCAGAUCUGGGAUACCGCCGGCCAGGAACGUUUCCGCAGCAUCAGCAAGCUGUACUAUCGCGGUGCACACGCCGCCGUCUUAUGCUAUGACAUAACGAGCAAGAAGAGCUUCGAAGAGAUGGGUGUAUGGCUGCGAGAACUGCGCGACAAGGCUGGCUGGGGUGACACUGAGGACUUGAUCCUGCACGUCGUAGGUACAAAGAGUGACGUUGUCGCUGAGGAUCCUUCCAAACGUGAGGUUCCUUUUGAGCGCUGCAUCGGUUAUGUCGCAGAGCAGCUCUACCCAGACCAAGUCAUUCCUGGUAGUCUUCGUCCAUCAAGCGCCAUGCACAGCUCCCCUCCCAGCAACAACAAUCUUGCUGCCAUGGCCUCACCACACAGCAACCGCAGCAGUGGCUUCUGGGGUCAAGAACACAUCUGGGACUGCUGCCAUGAGAUCAGCGCAAAGGAUGGCGAGGGCAUAGAAGAAAUGUUUCGCGUCAUCACCCGCAAGCUCGUCGACCAGCAUCAGCGCAGACAAGACCAGCAACGUACCAUUGAAGCCUCCAUGGGACGCACNCCCUUUGCCGAAGGCGGCCCAAGCUACUUUGACCUCCCGAAUGGUGGCACAGGCAGCUUCCGUGUCGGCCAUGGCGACAAGCGACGCAGCUGGCUAGGCUUCCCCAACACUCCUGGUGCAGUCAGUUAUGCAUCAGAAACUGGUGAAAGCGAGGACAACACCAACGUCAGAAAGGGUCGCUGUUGUUGA